GGAAUUUUAUCCGUAGAGUACGCUGCGCCGUGCUCUAAGCCAACAUGGCGACUGGCGAUUCUGUAUCGGCCAACGAAAGCAAACAAGCAGAAAAUAAAUCCAAUUUACAUAAACAAACGUUUACCUUAGAAAUUCUUCAUAUAAUAAAAGAUGCUCAACAACAACAUGGCCUGCGUCAUGGAGAUUAUCAACGUUACAGAAGUUAUUGUAGUCGUCGAUUACGCAGGCUUAGAAAAUCUCUCCAUUUUGUCCAAGGUACGAAACAUCGAUUCCAAGCAAAAAAAGUUACUGAAGAUAUUUUGACCGAUAUUAGAUAUUUGUACAUUCCAUUAAUGACUGCAGAAAGAGCUUGGGGCCAUGCCAUGCAAUUGAAACAGGAAGCAAAUACUGAACCACGAAAAAGAUUUCAUCUAAUCACUCGUUUGAGGAAAGCUGUGAAACAUAUUGAAGAAUUAGAAAGUUUGUGUGAGAGCACAAAAUGUGAUGCUAGGACCAAAUUAGAAGCUCAGGCCUAUGCAGCAUGGAUAAGAGGGUCACUGAAAUUUGAAUUACAAGAAUGGCAACCUGCAAUGGAGUAUUUUCGGCGAUCACAGACAAUAUACGAAAAACUCUCACAAGCACUUAAUGAAGAUGAGAGGGCAUUGUACAAACAACGAGUUGAAGAACUUACUCCGAAUAUUCGCUACUGUGCCUACAAUAUUGGUGAUGAAUCGGCUAUUAAUGAUCUUAUGCAAAUGAGACUGUCUGGAAAAACUGGUGGUGAAGAUAUUUUAGCAACAAACUUAGAUAAUCUUAUUGCCCAAACAAGAGAAAAGCAAGCUGCCACUUUGUCUGAAGUUACUUGGUUGGGUCGAACUGUUCCUGUUCGACAGGAAAAAGUAAGAGUAUUUUUACUGAAUGUUCAAGAAUCUGAAGUUGAAGUAAAUAAAGCACCUGAUUUAGAAGCAAAGAUUGCUGUAUAUGAACGUUUGUUACUAGAAUGUAAAGAUGCUUUACAAGUUAUCAAAGAUGAAUUAAAAAGUGAUCAGAAUUAUAAACUAAAGACUCAGAGCCAUGGAACACAGUAUAGUUUGUCUUAUCUUCAUUCAUAUUUGAUUUAUAUUCGACUCAGCAAAACGAUAGAACGUAAUUUAUUGUUGAUUCAGUCAUUAAAGAAAAAUUUGGAACAGAACAUAGAUAACAAUUCUGAUGGGAAAAAAUCAACUAAACCACAAGAUCUUAUUAGACCUUAUGAAAUUAUAAUACAGAAUCUUUCCGAAAUGACACAACUUUCAGGAAUAGACUCCAAUUCAAACUUUAUUGAAGAAGUAAAUAAUCAGAUAUUAGCUUACAAAGCUCAUAGGUGUUACUAUAUUGCUCAAGCCUAUUCCUCAGUUAAUAAAUGGGUAGAAGCAAUGGCCUUAUAUCAGCGGGCUUUGGAUUACUCUCAGCGUGCCUUGAAAAGUGAUACAUUAGACAAAAAAUUAACUACUUCGUUAAAAGAAUUGGAAGGAUUAAUAGAAGGAUGUAAAUAUUCUGCACAUGCAUUAAGUAUUUUGGGAAAAGAUCAACAAGCAGACCAAUCAAAUCAAACAUUAAUUGAUAAAAAGACUCUCAUGGAACGGUUAGAUAUAUACUGUGAAGAUCAAUCCUUACUAUCACGACAACCUAACAUAGCUAGAUUUCCACCAGAUUUCAAACCAAUUCCCUGUAAACCUCUGUUCUUUGAUCUUGCUUUGAAUCACGUGGAAUUUCCUUCCUUAGAUGAUCGACUGGAACAGAAGAAAGGCGGAGGAAUUACGGGUUUUGUAAAAGGAUGGCUAGGCUGGAAAAAAUAAUCUUACUUUUAAUUUAUGGUUUAGGAAAUUUUUUACUGUCUUUUUAAAAUUUGUUUUAUGCUGUAUCUUAAAAAUUCCUUUGAUACACACCAGAGUUACAUAUGUAUGUCCUAUGUUUGACUGUGAUCAAUACAGUUUUGGUAUUUGCAGAAGCAGGUUUUAGAUGCUGCUUUAAUUUUUUGCUUCUGGGCUUCAGGUAUAACUGUUUUAAUUUCCUUAUAAUUUGUUAUAUAAAAAGAAACAAAAAAAAAACUUUGUUCUUAAAAUGUAUCAAUAUCUUCCAUUGUUGAACAUAAACUUUAUUAGUCUUUUUACACAUCUCGUGAGAGGAAUAUUACUAAAAAAAACCCGAUGUAUUUGUAAAUUAUACAAAAUAGCGAUAUAUCAGUAAUAAUUACUGAUAAUGAUUACUUUUUUGCUACUUGUUACUCU